GAAACAGUGCAUUGUUUUGAGUUUACUGUUGCCAUGAGCUAAUAGACUUGUCUUUUACCUUCAUCUAAAAUGACUAGCAUCACUUCUCCCUGGGAUUUCAAACAUCUAGAAGUCGUUGGCCUUAGAGUUUCGCGCCCAGCCGAAUUAUCCGAGAUUCGAGGCAGAAUUCCUGAGUUGAAAGUCGAAACGCGUAAACGGAUCGCGGUCAAGAAGGAGCCCGAAACAGAACCGAGGAGGCCUCGCUCUCCAGCAAAGCGAGAAAGUUUGCUGCAUUUUAAACCUAAGAAAGAAAAAGUUGUGGCUGUGAAAGUCGUGCUACCCAAGAAGAAAUCUGAAAUUACUGAGAGAAAUUAUUUAUGCUCAUGUGAACGCUAUUCCAGCGGGUCCUCAAAUGACGAAGAGAAAGAAGCCGAGUGUGACAUCGACUUUUCACAACUUAUGAACAUUUUUACUAACUACAAGGAAAAACGCACAAAUAUAAAGAACCUUACCAAUAUCGCCAGGGGUUUUCAUGAAAGGAGAAUUUUAUCUAACGACGAAGCAAUAAAGGUAAGCUGGAGUGAAGUCAGAAUUUACCAGUACUAUGAUUCUGUAGUCGACUGUUUCGCGGCGAUUAAAUCUUUAAGUGUAAUAACUCAUGAAACUGUUAACGUCCACGUUUGGAAGAUUUUGCUUGUUCUUCGAAGUUUUACAAAAUUUAUAUCUUAUCAUGUUUUGGAGUUGGGUAGUUUGAAGGCAAGAGACUGUGCGUCUCUACAGUUUCGGUUUUAUAACCUACAUUGUGCAAGUGACUACAUCGCAAGUUCUGGUUAAGUUUUCGGACAUUUAUCGGAGGGUAAUGAAGUGUCAAUUGGCUUUAUUAACUUUUGAUUUCACGAUUUUGUUGACUUAAACGCGUUAACGCUUAAUUUCAUCAUUGUGUCGAGUCGACUAAAUAUUUGUUCAAGCCAGACCUUGGUCAAUAUCUGUCUGAACAGGUCAAGGAUUACAGUUAGCUAAGCAAGGCCUAUAAUUAAAUCUAGUUAUCAUUAUGACUUUUUUACGUUUCCUUUGUUGUAGGUAUAUUGUGCUUGAAAUCUGGUUUGAAUAUUAAGUGGGGUCUUAUUAAAUAGUUGAUCGGGCCUCUGCGUGCUGCAAUCGUAUAGGAACCUUCGGCUUUUUAAUCCCGACAAAAAAUCUCCCACACCAAUACGGUUUCGCAUCCGUCAACCUACGCGGAUCGGAAAUGGAAAUCCAACUUAUUUUUUGUUCUUAAUUUUCUGUUUAUUACUAUCAUCUCCAGUUCCCAGUUGGUAGAAAAAAUCAUCCUUUCAGCGUUAAAUACCGUGAAGAAGCGCUUUAGUGGGUCACUUAAUUGGACAUGUACCUCCCGUUGGGAAGAUCUGUAAGAAACGCAUUGAAUUUAUCAGUAGGUAUCUCUUCAAGCAAACACCAACCUCAAUGUUUUGCCAGUACCGAGAUGUAUUUUUGUCAAGUUCAAUUCAUUCUCUUCUCUUUGCAGAAAUCAAACAUAGCUCUCAAUCACGCGAAAAUAAAAUAAAAUUUGCGCGGCCCACACUGUGUCACCAGGAGCCGAAAACAAAGUGAAACGUAAAACUAACUGCUCAAAAAAUGAAGAGAAGAUAUAGUAAAUAAUACAACAAAUACAGAAAACUGCCGGACGUGACACAGCCCCUUUACAGUUGUAGUCGCCCCUAUCCCUAUUUCCGCUAUUAGUAUUGGUGUCACCACUGUUUGCUUUCUUUCCUUCCGUGCUUCUUCAGUUCUUCCUACUAUAUAUAAACCAGACUUUCUGAAGGGUUCGGCAUUCCUGUCAUGUAUGGUCAUGUACAGUGUGUCGGCUCUCCCCCGUCAUUAUGAGUGGCGGUAGCUUCCCGGUGGACACGGCACAAAUCUCUCGGUUUCCCGUACGGAUCACUUUGUCACAAAAUCUCCCGAAUAAAAUCGACCUUUCAGCUAUUCUUGUCUUUCAUUUGGAAUUUAGCCCAUUUUCUCAAAUGUUCAAAUUUAUUUUCGUUUCACAGUACGUUAUAAAACGGUCUCUGCGGCGCUUUGGCGGCCAUCAUCCCUGACAAGUACUAUCUUGUCAUUACAGUAAAAAAGAUUUCUUUUUGUGGUCUUUUUUUUUCAUGUACGACUUCAUACAAUGUGGUUGCCAUCGCUGACACCGACGAUUUUUUUUAUGUAAUAUAAAAGUGGCUGAUUUUAGGCAUGACUUUGCCACUUUGCAGAGACUUCGCCGUGGUUUUAUUGCUAUUUUUUCAACCACUGAGUUUAUGCGAUAGUUACCUCUACAUAGGUUUUAUAUCCUCGCGCCAGCUCUAUACAUGUAUCUAGUAAGUCUUCAGUCCUGUCAGUAGUGGAGAAAUUCACCAAGAGAACAUUCAAAUGGCAGUAUCUGACACUUUGUCAUUCGGUUCUGUAUAGUUUGUUUUUUUGUUCAAGUUUAUAUCAAGAGUUUCGAGUUAUUGAUGGUUAAGUUAUAAAGACAGCGCGACAUGGCUUUAUAAUCGACCUUGACUGAGUUCAAGUCUUAAAGAGAGCACAAAAGGAGUAGGGCAUAUAUCGUUCUGAUCCGUUAACAGAGACUGUGUUGACCUUGUUACUAGUUCCCAGGUAGGAAUACAGGAUUUUUAAAGGAUUUCCUUGCAACAGUAAAAUGAGAGAGGGUUUUAGGCAGGUGUUAGCGAGAGGUUCAUGUACGUACGGUUUACCAGGGUAGGGUGGAUUUCCACUGUCAUGUAAUUUUUUCCUGGGGCACGGUAAGUAUUAUGCGACAGUGGAAAUCCAUAGUCAAGUACUAGGAUCGAAGAAUAUCAGACUGAACUGAUUAACUACAACACUGUUCGAACAGUUCCGGAAUGAUUGAAAGUGUUGUGAACAGACGAUUUUCUCGUGAGAACAAAUAAGCAAUCAAGUACCGACAACAUUAAAGUAAUGCUAUCGAUAAAACGUUUUGGAAAUAACAGUUCCUUAUUAUAGGUAUUAGGCGGGGCUUCUUUGUUAAAAGAUCGUACCACACGUAUGGCUAUUAGCAGGGUAUAUAAGUGAUAAAUAGUUUAUAAUGAAACUGUUUUUCAUUUAGGUGUUAAAGUUGCUGGAUACAGACAACUGGGAAGUUAAGGUAAGUCUUCGUGUUUUCGUGUUGCGUAAAACGAUGGCUGCCCUUGGUGUAAAUUCACAUAACUGGAAUUUUAAGACUUCAGUUAACAGCUUAGCUACUUUACAAUCGUUAAUUAUUUAAUGAGUAAAUUUGUAAAGAAAGCCAUUAGCGACACAUUUGUUGUUGUUUGUUACAAUAAUGCUGGUAGGACUUAUCAUAGCGGUGACUAUAGCUUUAUUAUCGGCUAAUUGCUUGAAGGGAUUAAUAUAUAGGGUGCCUUGUCAAACUAAGCACGACAGUUGCUACAAUGGCCUGGGAAAAAUAUUAUCUUCCACUAUUACAUUACAACAAGAACAAAUGAUUUAUAACACAGAUGUAAGAACUGCUACGAGAUUUUGUGAUGAGAGCGUGCGCAUUUCUUUUUGUUUCAAUAUUCCCCAAGUGUCUAAUUGAACGAGCUCCAGAGUAAAUCUCUACGCCGCUUGAAAGGUUUUUGAUUGUUUUCUUUCUGUAAUGUUCUCACGGGGGAAAGUCGCCCCCAUCUAAGAUGCGCGAGAUCACAUCAUCAAUCUUUUACGUGAUUUUAGCUUGCAAGGAGAAAUUAGUUACUCAUUGACAACGUUUAAAUGCACUCAUGUUCAAGAACACGGCCACUGCGCGUGCUCUUAAAGAGAUGCAAGCUUCAUUAACCAUUUUGUGGCUGCGCAAGAGACUGGGUCUGUGUUGUGUCGAAUUGCACUAUGGGACUGUUUGGGGGACAUGAUUUUUUGACCAACCGGUUCCUGCGCAACUUCGUAAUAAUCAAUAAAAUGAGUAGCAUUAGCGUCCCCAACAUCUCAAACCAUGCAGUCUUAUCGUGUAGUGGACCUUCCACACGAUAUCCGCAAUCUUUGUACUCACUAAAGGUGAUGUUAUACGGGGCGAUUCGCAACGACGAUCUUUAGCGCAACACAGGGUUCAAAUGUUGGAACCAUAUUGCAGCCAUUCGAAACAAUGUAACAACAAUGUUAUAACGCUGUGUUGCGCUAAAAAUCGUCGUUGCGAAUCGCCCCGUGUAACAUCACCUUAAGGACUGAUCGCAUAAAAGCAGUGUAACGUAGUUUCUCAGGGGAAAAAAAUGAAGGACUUUUAAUCUUAAAGACUAUGACGGCAAAUUAUGGGUGGAGGUGAUUACCGUGACUUUUUGGAUGCAAUUACGACCGUGCACAUCCUUACCCGCAAGCAGUUUUGAUGUAAAACCCGACAAAAACCCAUCUGUAAAUUUUGCUUGACUACUGUAAGUUCGUUGUCUCAUUUUGACGAAAUAAACAAACUCUCCCGCUGUUUCUUGCAUUAGCAGCUUUUAUCAACAGUUUGCCUCGUGAGAAACCGCAUAACAAGGAAUUUAUCCCAUCAAUCGUUAAGCGGGUGCAAAGAUGGUGGGUAUCAUGGAGGUAUUGGUUGAAACUGUCUUUCCUAAUUUUGUUUAAUUAGGAGAGUAUCCUGUUGACGAUAGGCCAACUAUGUUCCAGUACGGUGAAUGUCAAAAGAUUCCUGGAGAAUGGAUUACUGGCAGAGUUAAUAAAUCUUAUGUUGUUGGGCAGAGAUGAUGAUAUUAAGAAGGAAGCGGUGGUUUGUCUUAGCAAGGUUAGCUGGCUGUAUAGCUUUUAAUAUUCUGAUUCUAAUUGAAAUUUAGACUGUUUACCACUUUUCUAUUUUUCGACGCAAACUAGUAAGCAUGUGACAAUCUAGCCUGCGUAGCUGGCGGAAUUGUUACGCCUGGGUUACUUUCUUGCCUCGAGCUUUGAAUCGCCGAAUAAGGCAUGGCGGUUUGUUUAUUAUUUUUUUUUAACUCAACUGUGAGAAGCGGGCUUUUGAUCGCUUGGUCUGUUCCAGGCGUUCAGAUUGUGGUGACGGGGCAAAAAGACGUGAACAGGAAAAAAAAUAAGGAGAUGUGGUGAUGUGAGCAGUGACGUGGAGUGAAAACGUGAUGUGACGUGAUGUGAUGUGAUUUGGAGUGAGAGCGAAGGAACUCUCUCUCUCUCUCCCUCUCUUCCUCCUUAAGUUUUUCCAGUUCUCUUAAAUCGCCUCACACUCCUCUAUCUGAACGUCCAGAACACUCUUGAACGUUAAUCUUUUGUUCUUUGAUGCUAAAAGCGGGUGAAUCAGUAAAAACAUGUUUUCGCAGGUUGUGGAAAAAUCUGAACACGCACAUCUCUGGUUGGAAGCAAUGACCAUAUCAGGAGUUGGAGCACUCUUUGGUCUGCUAAAUUCAUCACCUUCUCUACAACACGCGGUACUUCUUGCAAUCAAGAACCUUGCUUCUCAUCCAAAAAUGGCGCAGGUUUUUCUGGAGUAUGGUCUUGAUGGUGUCGUGCAGUUAACAACCUGCAAGGUGGGUAUCUGCUAGCGUGGGACCAGGUUCCGUAGUGGGGGAAAAAGGCAACAAAAAAAAACGAUGAGCGAUCGGUUCGCUUCUCUCGCUUUUUUUGCCGUUUUACUGCGAUUUUUCCUUUUUUCCCCACUGCGGAGCCUAAUCCAAGGCUAACAUCUACUUUUGUUUUGCCCUGUUGUUUGAAACCAAGUAGAGUCCCUUGCCGGGGUAAAAUGAUAACUACAAUCUUGGUCUUCAUUUGAAUUACGUCACAGAGCUCUGUAUCGGGGCAAGUUAAUGAGCAAUACGUGUUGAGUAUGUAGUAUGACCUCGAUAACGACUGAUCCGCUUUGAUUAGCCACUGCUACUUGAGGAUCAGUCAGACUUGUAAUUAAAAGUUUGGGUUUUUGUCAAUCAUAACUGACUCAUCUCAUUCGGCUUAUUGCCUUCUUUCUUGACUUUCUUUUUUCUCUUAUCUAGAACCCUCAAGGAAAAUACAUUGGUGAUACGGACAUUCAGGUGGGUGCGGGCGUUCCGAUCGAUAGUCAAGUUCGCAUCGCGAACUGUAGGUAUAUAGAUAUAGAUUUAUUUAUGCACGAUCAUGAAGCUUAUGGGGUCGUCUCUGUAGGCCAUAGGUAGACGGAUCGAGGGCCAUAGGUAGACGGAUCGUUUACCGUUUGCACGGAAAAAACAAUCAAACUAAAAAGGGUCUAGUGAAACUGCUAGCCUUUAUACGAGCUUGAGCGAAAGCGCGCAGUAGUAGACUGCUGUAGACGUCGUGUGUGGGUGGUUAUAUUUAUGUAAGGGAAUCCGGAAUUUUUGUCUUUGGAAUCCGGAAUAUAGCUCGAGGAAUCCGGAACCCAAGUUCCACUGAUAAACAAACCGGAUCCAAUAAACCACGGCCUGGAAUCCAGAAUCCAAGACUGUCUAGGAUUCCCUUACAGGACCUUAAUUACAGGGGGUGAGGGUGGUGCAGGGACACAGAGCGUGACAUAAUCAGCAAUUAUUGAAUGAGGCUGAGUAGGAUAUGAAGAAUUCUGCAGAUCGGGGAGGGUGUUAUCCACCGAGGCCGAAGGCUACGGUGGAUAACACCUUCCGAGAUCUGCAGAAUUCUUCAUAUCCUACGAAAGCCGAAUGCAAUAAUUGUUUUAUUAUUCAUUCAAAAUAGUUCCAAGUUCAAAACAUGCUAAAACGUGCUUACCUCAGUCGAUGUUAAGUUCAUAUCGAUAGCGCAUCUUUAUCGGCAAUUUUAGGAGAUAAAGGUCUGUUCAAGUCUGCAAAUUUACUCCGAAUAACUAAUGUCGUCCGUCGAGGUGUCUUCUUGCUGUUCUUGCUAUGAUGUUAGACAAUAUUUCGCCGUGAAACGAGUAAAAUGUUUCGCCGACUGUUCAGCCAUUUUGUUCUCAGUACAAAAACAACUUAACCUCGUCCCCAGGUUUUCUCGAUUAACGGUUCAAUAAUCUGCACCUUGGGCUGCACUUUUGACGUCAUCGGUUCAAUAUGACAAAAUUCUUUUCAAAUUUGGUCAACAGUAGCUCUUUAUGAUGAGUUAUGCGUGUGCUUUUAGCCAAUCAGAAAUGGAAAAAUAGUUUGAGUGACUAAUCCUUCCUAACGAGCAUGGGCCCGCAGGAACGCGUGACGAAGCCCUAAGAACGUCUACGUGGGAGGCUAGCUAUUAACGUGAUCUGAUGAAACCUCGUUCUUUACAGGGCUUGGUUACUCAGGCGCUGACUAAUUUGAUAUCCAACGACUCCUCUACUGUUGAGAUGUUUCUUUCAAAGCACGAUGCUGUCAUUGGAAACGUCUUGGAUCUAUUGCAAUAUAGCCCAUGGUAGGUCUUUGAUUACGUUGAGUUACUGUGUUUGGUAAAACGCAAUUCCCGAAUGGUCAAGACUCGUGUGUGACUGCGGAAUACGCAUACAGUGAAUCAGUACAAAUUACUUCAUGUAUUAAUGCCUCUGAUUUUCUUCUUUGUAUCUUGCAGUCCUCAACAACAGCAAUGUGCUCGUUUCGUAGCGACUUUGGCUUAUUACAAAACUGGUCUUACGUCACUUAUAUCCCAUAAUGCUACUGAACACUUGAUGUGGGCAGUCACGUGUUCACAGUGUAGGUAAGAAAGCAAAUGGGAAAAAUGCUUAGCCUUGGUCUGAAUUAUGUAAGCGAUGUUUUCUUGACUUUGUCAUUCAUCUAUCCGAAAGUCCUUUUCGUAUGAUGUCCGUUGCACGGACGCUAGAAAGGUCAAAAUUUGCACAAGUUAGACGUGGAAGUCACAGAGUUAAAAUCCAGGGCAAGCGCUUGAUUUGCACUCAUGAACCUUUCUCGUUUUGGGUUCAGUUCAAACCCAGGGAACGUUUUCCUGAAAUCAUUUAACUGUCUUGAAACUAAGCACUUGGUAAAUUUCAUAAUAAGGCUGUACUGUAAGAGUGCAAAAUUAAAUUAACUUCACAUAUUCUAAAGAUAAUCUCUUUUUUAAACAGACACCUCAGAGAACAAGCAAGCACAGCCCUCAAGAAUAUAUCCACAAACCCUGACAGAACAUCCGCUUUUUCGGCUUUAAGCCAAGUAGCCACUGGAAAAGCAAACUUGGAACAAGAAGCAAGUUGCUAUUCUAACAGUGCAGGGAAUUUCUCUUCUCCACCUCUAAAGAAGUCGUCACGAACCUCCGGCGAUGUUGAUACAGAGUUGGACAAACAGCUUACACUAAAACCCAAUAAAGUCACCUCUGAAUUGACUUCAGUGCUUACACUUGUUUUUCAAGGUGAUUCUCUGGGGAGAAGUGGUUCCGAGAGACAAUUUAUGACACCUAGUUCUUCAUUUCAUCUGAAGUCGACAAGGCUGAAACGGUCUAAUAAUUUUAGUAAAAAGGAAACAUAUUUAAGUAGUCUACGUGUGUUAACAAAUGCUCUCGCUGUGAUGUCAAAUCUGAUACUGCUCGGUGAAAGCAUGGAGGAGCUUUCUGUUGAAGACAGGUAGGUUGUAUACUGGCUCGGCAGCCGAAAAUCAGAAUACGUCCUUGUCUAGUCUAUUGCUAGCCUAUAAGUUUCCCCGUCUUUAAGCCUACGUGAGUAAUUCCCGAAAGUUGGGGUUUAGCAACGAAAGCAGCCGUCAAGAGAUAAAAAACCAACAUAUUAGACUUUUCAGGAGAGGGUAAGCCAUUUCAAGGAUUUUUCAGGAAGAAUACCUGCUUGCCUUUCUUUUCCACUUUUCUUAGCAACUGCUCUCUUUAAUAUGUAAGAAAGGGGGGGCCCUUAAAUCGUUUAACAUGAUUGAAGGGGGGGUACCUAAAAAACAUGGGUGCUAUUGAGUAGGGGUCUGGAAAUAAUUUGGGAUAAAAAACAAGUUCUCCUCCAACCCCCCCCCCCUAACUUAAAUUAUGACUGGUCCCUUAAAACGUGUAUCAGUCGGUGAAUUAAGGUACAUGUUACAAGUCAAAAUUAAAUUCAGGCUAAAAUUCUUUAACCUAAGAUGAUACACUAUCACCUUUGUCUUCUAGCCCUAAUUAUGUAUGAAUUAGGCCUAGGAGACAAAGGAAAUAGAGAACCUAGGUUAAAAAAUUUUAACCUGAAUUUAACUUUGACCUGUAACGUAUACGGAGUAGUAUGGAACACCGAUUUUGUCUCUAUAAAAAGACAAGACGCAGUGUUUCAUCUGAUAUCCAGACACUGAGAAUGGGUUACAAAAAUACUUUUAAAGUUUGUCUUAAAAAAACAAAACUGGAAGAAUAUCAAAGCAUCGCAAUAACUAGUAGGUCCGAUUAUCAAACUACCUUCAAAGUAUAGAUCAGCCUGUCCCAGACCCCGCACCUAGUAGGAGAAGUGGGCGUAAGAAAAAAAAAACGGGCAAGGACUGGUGAGAAGGAGGGCGUCCCCUCUGCUUCCUUUUCCCGCGUUUUUUUUGUUGGCUUGUCCCGACUGAUAAUCUGGAAGAGGGAAAGGAGUGAUUACCUUUCUUUUGUUUUAUAAAGUAUUUCAAUACUUCAAACUGCUUGAAAGUAGUUUGACAAAUAAAUUACGCAACGUCCAGUUGAUACUAUGUUUUAGAAUUUCUAUUGUCUUUCCCUGCAGGAGGUUAAACCAUGUUGCGGUCAUGAUUCAGAAUGGUGGACUUGCAUUUCUCCGCGAGCUGGAGUUUCUUAGCAACAAACUUUUAAAAGUGAACCCUCCUCUGUUCCACAACAUUGACCCAACCACUCUACCCCCGAAGGAAAUCUCCACAACGCUGAAACAUGCGCGUACAGACUUAAUAUUUGAGGCUGCAAAUAAAAGAACACAUGUGGAUUCUACGAAGAAGUACGCGGAUUUUGGAUUUGAAUCGACCGAAGUCGACUUUGUCAAGGCCGCAGUACAGCUGUUGAGUUUGUUUGCUCAAACAACUGCACCACAGUUUGAUCCUUGUUUAGAGGACAUGAAAGUGUUGGAAAGUUCACGGUCUAAGGAUAUCAAAAGACACAUUUCGUUUCACAAGUCUGCAGUGUUAGUGAAGAACGCCUUAAGGUUGACCAAAGGAAGCGACAGACGUAGGAUAAUUCGGAGUAGGAGUGCUAGGUUUGUGUUCAUUAACUCCUGUUAGGAACGAAAUGGCUAGACUCGAACAGGUGGCAAAAUGAAUAGUUAAAAAGCAGAUUAAUUUGCAAGCAAAACUAAAACAUCCCUUCCUUUGUAGUGGCUUCACUUACUCUGCUUUUUUACAGAUCGUUAUCAAGAAGUUUGUCUCAAGCCAGUGUAGAUACUUCCACGUCAUCAAAUCCGUCCAAGCCCUCCUCGGCUACUGACAUGUCAACGCCCUCGGCUCAGGUUGCUGGUGCCCAGGAUUCCCUUGAAACAGCUCACUACGUAAAACAAAGCUUGCUUGAUGCUAAAAUCAUUUACUGCUUAGCACCGUGGAUAAUGUGCGGCAUUUAUGACAUACAGGUAAAUUCUGAUUUUUAAGUUGAUCCCUAAAUUUACCAAUUAUACGAGGGAAGUGGUGAGAGCAGCCCUGAGAAUAACCUACACUGCAAAACAGUCUUUUCUUUUCUCAAAAUCGGAUAAGCGUAACUUAAGAAUCUCACACGCGCGAAGAGCGCGAGCAUCACACGCCCGUACCCCAGUCUCGCUCUCCGUUUUCAGCUUCACUCCAGACCUUUUGUUUGACUGCUCGCGCGUACUUGAAUACGCAAAAAUACGGACUGUUUUGGAGUCUAAGUAUAACCCAACCCAGAGGUUUGAUAUGCUCUUACUAUUCUGUUGCCUUUUAGGCUCCAUUAAAGGCUCCAGGCUCUAUUUGUGACUUCAAUCCUUCGGUUAAUGCUCAACUGAAAUCCUGAAAAUAAAAUUGAGUAUUAGGGGCCGACCAUUUGAAUCACCCAAACACCCCUCCCCCCCCCUUUCAAAAGUCAAAUGGUCGCCCCCUUAGUCAUUUUCUCUCCUCGUUUGUAACAUUAACCUUUCUAUUUCUCAUCAGAGUAACGCUUUGAAAACCAUACGGUAUCUUCAACAUAAUAAAUACGCCUCAUCUGGACCAGGUCCUCUCGGGAACCAUGCACCGCGGGAAGCCUGGUCGUCAAAGCCAGCUCCAGCACUAAUAUCUCGCAGUAGCAAUCUUAGCCAGCGGUCUUCAAACGCCGCCACGCCAGCUCGCAUCGGCAUGAACAAAUCAAAGUAUCUUGCAGUCACGUGUGUUCGACACGUCAUUCAACACUGCGGGGGCUACUUAUUGGAUUCGCUAGGACCUCCUGUACCACCCACUUUAGGGAUGACGACUCUGAUGGUCUUACGAGAAGCUGUUAUGAAUGGAGAGGUGAUAACACGUAUACUAUUAAUCGCAGAACAACGUUGGUUGAUUUCUUGAGGGCUAGCUAGUUGACCAAUGUUUAGCACGCGAAACAUUAGCUUCAGCGACAGUCAAUAGGAUUAAUCAACUUCUAUGACAAAAGCAUUAUUUGUUGUGUGGUAUUAUGUCUAGUUUAAGUAAUGCGCAAAGCUACAAAAUAUCUGGAGGGGGGUUAUGUCACGAGGAUAUCGCUGUUUUAGGUCAAUUCCGUGCUGAAGUAAUUACUUAGUGUAUUUACCCAUACACAAAAUGCAGCUCCUGUAGAGUUAUGAAAAAAAUAGCAAACAAAUUUCAUCAGAGAGCAGUAAGCAUAAUAAUUUUUUGGGUGCAGGCAUAGCCUUGAAUCUUAAGUUGGUCCUGGACCAAUCCUUUCAAGUUUCAAUCCAUAUCCAUCCUUGCCAUCCGUUGUAACAGACGACAGGAAACAGUUCGAACGCCUUAAUAUAGUCAUACAUAACAAAACUGGACCAUUUUGUUUAGAAUUCAAUUGAUAGCAAAUAUCCUGGUAUACUGCCCCUUUAAAUAUAUCAACAUACAUCUCUUUAUACAUCUCUUACGUUUAGCACGACACGCGUCUUAAAAUCAUCAAGCUGGGAUGUUUCGCUGAAGUGAUCGACUACAUCCGGGGACACGAAGAUAACGAGAGACUACAAGCGCUAGGAAUUGUGGUUAUCAGAAUCCUGGUUGGAAAUGACGUUUCUUUUAAACAACUUUUUCUUGCUCAUGGUGGAAUGAAUCUGAUAAUGGCUUUACAUCAAUAUAAAGAAGGCAUGGUGAAGGAGGAAGCUGCCCUUACAAUGUCCGCAUUCAGACGAGGUUAGUUUAACGUUUAUUCGUAACCAUUCGAAAGAUUAGAGACCUUUAGAUACGACGACGAGGACAAGAUUUUCUUAAAUCUAAGUAGUGCGCGUGUGAACCGGCGUCAUUUUGGCGGGAAAACGUCUGAUAGCCGUCGUCAUUCAACUACUACAUUCAAAAGUACCAGUGUCGAAGCGGCGGAAACAAAUUUUCUCAAACUCAUUAAUUAUUCAUGCCGUCAAAAGCCAAUAAAUGACGACCAUUUAGGUUCAGGUGGAUGAAUCUUGAUACCUAAUGAUACGCCAUGUUUUCAUGUGAGAUAAAACUUGUUUUUCAUCUGAGAUCAAACGCUUGCAUUUUAAUGAGAUGUUUUAUUUAUUUUUUACGGCCUCUUGCUUUCAUUUUUUUUUUUCGGUGUUUUGAACCCGUGAUGACGCGCUCGCCCUUAAGUUUCUGACAUAUUACAUUAAAUGUUAGAAGUUUUAUCAGUCAUUUUUUCGAUCAGAAGGGGGCGUAACCUCCUUCAAUAACUUAUCUUGUGAAAAAAGUGCAAUGAAGUUUUCCCGCGUGUCUAUUUUUUGACAACAUGUGAAAAAAAAAGUUAAAUGUCGUCCUCAUAACCGUCCUCGUCCUGGAAUCUACAGGUCUCUAUUGACUUACUGUGUUUCUUGCAGGUGUCGAAAUGCCUAGAAAUUUCUAACGCUCGAGAAAGGCUAAAAUUUCUGGCUAACCUUUCCAUUCGUCUAGUCUAAGAUAUUCCAAGAAUCUAUUCAACUCACCUACAAUUUUCGGAGGUUGUGUUUUCACUCUUUAUUUCCAAGAUAGUGCGAUUAUUGAUAAAAAAGAUCUCCUGAAAUUUUCGGCAAGAGACAAAACGUCUCAUACAUUUUCACAAAAGUACAGCUAUCCCCUGUCCACUAACUUUCGGCCGGACCCUUAAGGGUAGCUAACAGUUUCGGAUGAAACAAAAAAGUCACCUUAAACUUUGGAGACGACCGAAGUUCCCCGAAGACAUCCAAAGAGUUAAUACUUUAAAUUUUGAAGGCAGAACUAAAUCAAGCAACUAUUUGAGACACUUCUAACGUAUCAGGAAUGGGUGCCCCUGUUUCUUGUUACUCUUUGACUUGUAACAUUUUUUCCUCCGAAUACUAACAAAUGUUUUUUUUUCUUGGAAUAUUGAGGUGCAAGCUCACGAGUCCAUCGAAGGUGCAGAACAGCGGAUGCAAGAAUCAAGAAACGGCAAAAAUCACAUGACCAUGGAGACAUCUGGGACGUGGUUGGAGAGAAAUGGAAAGAUCAAGAUGAGGUGGUGAAAGUGUUGAAAAAGUUCAACGUACGAUAUUGAUAUCUAUCAUUCAAGCGUCAAAAUUGGAACGACAACUGGCUUGCAUAGCAUGGUAAACAGCAGCAGAGAAAGUUAUUGCUCCGUAACGUUCGUUCAAUUGAAAUAGACAGUUUUA